CCGGGACGACUGAACCCGCGAAAUGGCGAAUGGUCAGAGCUCAGGAAGUUCUUCAAAUGGAAACCCAGUUUUCAUAUGAACUGUUCAUCAAAUCGCGAAGAAUUUUCAGUUCUUCAUUUCCAUUGAGUGCAUAAAAUCCACUUCAUAGCUCCUCAAAACAGCAGAGAAAAAGCGGAGCCAACAUGGAUUGGAUUGGAGAGAGCACCGAGUAUUUGAAAUCCAUCAAAAUCAGACAGAUUCUAUCUCAGGCUAUCAGUUUUGGUUUGAUUGUUACAUCUGCAUUGAUGAUUUGGAAAGCAUUGAUGUGCUGGACAGGGAGUGAGUCACCUGUUGUGGUUGUGCUCACCGGAAGUAUGGAACCUGGUUUUGCGAGGGGCGACAUUCUCUUCCUCCAUAUGAAUAAGGAUCCAAUUCGUGCAGGGGAGAUCGUUGUGUACAAUGUUGAGGGACGUGAUAUUCCAAUCGUCCAUCGUGUAAUCAAGGUUCACGAGGCAAGAGAUACAGGAGAAGAUUAUAUACUUACCAAAGGUGACAAUAACCACUAUGAUGACAUUGGACUAUAUGCUAAGGAUCAGCUUUGGUUGCAAAGACACCACAUCAUGGGAAAAGUCAUCGGUUUCUUGCCAUAUGUUGGUUAUGGAACAAUUAUCAUGACAGACCUGCCUAUAAUCAAGUACAUCCUUAUUGGUGCCUUGGUAUUGCUGAUCUUAACCUCCAAGGAUUAACAAGUAAGGAUAGAACUUUACUUCUAAUUUAUACCCAAUAUGAUACAGGAUAGGAAGAGUAUAGGAUGAUAAUCGAUGUGACAUCCAAUAUUGAUCGAGGGUUAACUAGUUGAUCUAUGCUCGAUCUAGCUCAAACUUGGAUACUUUGUCAUCCAUUGACAAUAUAACGUGUAAUACAAAUA